ACCUUCCAGAGUUCCUGGAAGACCUUCACUGCAAGCUGCUAAUAGCUUGGCAGUUUCACAACUCUGCACCUUUGCUCUUGCUGGUGACCUCUGCUUGGUUCCUUUCAGAACCAAUUCGGGUGCCCCACCACCGGGAAGCCGUCCAGUCUCCAUCAGGCCCAAACCCUUGCAGUCUUCCCUGGCCUAGUCGUCUGUGCAUGUACUAGCCUUUCGCGUGCUCUCUUCAGCUUAUGGGUAGGGCAGUGCCAGGCAAGAGAGGCCUUAGUAGAUGUUAGUUGAGAUAGUAAAUGCCAGAGUGGGCGCGGAAAAAUCAAAGGGAAGCAUGAGCGCAGGUGUCAGAGCUCUCUCAAUGAAUAAGUCAAGAAAUAUUUACUGAGCUCCCAGUGUGCCAAGCAUGGGCAGUAUACAGUAAACAAAGACAACCCCUAUUCUUAUUACCUUGCCUACUGAGUGCAAGGCCAGGAACCGUGUAAGCAGACCCUCGGGGAGCUCUGGGAAACACUGAAAAAUAGCCUCUCCCCCCAUUGGUGAGUGUACCCUAAGUUGGUCUGAGUGGGCUUUAAAAGGCAUUCCCUUGGCCAGGCUCAGUGGCUCACGCCUGUAAUCCUAGCACUUUGGGAGGCGGAGGUGGGCGGAUCACCUGAGGUGAGGAAUUCGAGACCAGCCUGGCCAACGUGGAGAAACCCCAUCUCUACUAAAAAUACGAAAAUUAGCUGGGCGUGGUGGCGCACACCUGUAAUCCCAGCUCCUCGGGAGGCUGAGACAGCGGAAUUGCUUGAACCAAGGAGGCAGAGAUUGCAGUGAGACGAGAUUGUGCCCCUGCACUCCAGCCUGGGUGACAGAGUGAGGCUCUCUCUUAAAAACACAAAAUAAAAGGCAUCCCCCUUGACUCCUUCCCCUCCAGCCCUCACAUUGUGGCUCUAUGAUGGCUCUACUGUCUUUGUACCAUAUCUUAGUGACUGUUGGGCAAACACAUUUCAUUCAGAUCAUUGUUGAAAAUGGGCAAUUUAGAGUACGUGGAGAUAUGCCAAUACGGCUUGCCACAUGUAACCAGUGUGGCAGCCACCCAAUGACCAGGGAAUGCAGAGUUGGUGAUUCUGCCUUCUGGGAAGGACAGUUCUACAGUGAUCCAGGCAAAGUAGAUUGGUAACUACAGAUUGCUUGGAGAUUUUGUUAACAUGCAAGUUCUGAAUCUGUGGGGUGGGGUGGGACUUGAGAUUCUGCAUCUCAACAAGUCCCAAUGUGUCCGGAAUUGGUGGGUUCUUGGUCUCACAAGAAUGAAGCCGCGGACCCUCGCGGUGAGUGUUACAGUUCUUAAAGGCGGCGUGUCUGGAGUGUUCCUUCUGAUGUUCAGAUGUGUUCGGAGUUUCUUCCUUCUGGUGGGUUCGUGGUCUCGCUAACCUCAAAAGUGAAACUGCAGACCUUUGCGAUGAGAAAACUGAGGCUGAGAGAGACUGAGUCACUUGCUGAAGAUCACACAGCUAAUAGGUGGCAGAAUCAGGACUGGAACUUGGCUGCCAAGAUGGAAACUAACUACCUGAAGAGGUGCUUUGGAAAUUGCCUGGCCCAGGCACUGGCAGAGGUGGCGAAGGUUCGGCCCAGUGACCCAAUAGAAUACCUGGCUCACUGGCUUUAUCAUUAUGGGAAAACAGCGAAAGCAAAAGAAGAGGAACUGACUUCUGAAACUGUUUCCACAAAGACCAUAUUCAGGCAGGAGGACACAAACCCCCUUGAGAAGGAGGCCUUGAAGCAGGAAUUCCUGCCAGGUACUUCCAGUCUGAUUCCAGGAAUGCCUCAACAGGUUCCUCCUUCAGAGUCUGCUGACCAGAUUGACUGGAACUUCAAAAUGCCACAAGAAAUAAAUUACAAGGAGGCUUUUCAGCAUGAAGUUGCUCAUGAAAUGCCUCCUGGCUCCAAAUCUCCUUCUUAGGUUACCAGAAGGUAGAUGCUUCUGAUUUACUUCUCUCAAAGCUGAAAGCCAAGAAAAUGGCCAGCUAGAACCAAGAUUUAAGGGGCUGUAAAAGGAGAGUUCAGGGACUCUCCAGCCUACUCCUGUUCUGAAAAACCCUUAAUCAUGUGGAUAUUUGAACUAGUUAUAGGAUAAAAUAAACUCAGAAUAAGGAUUUAAAACAAGUAACCAAAUGGCUGUGACUUUUUCCUCUUGUUUUAUCAUUGUUCUGGAGACUACACAGUGAAAACACAUCUGUUGGGGUGAUCAGACCCAACACCAGGCCGUGGGAGCUACAGAGUCUGGCAGAGUCAAUGGAAUGAGAAAAGACAAGUUAAGAGAGAAAGUGGGACCAGGGGGCCGACACUAGUAUGGAGGCUGUGAAGGCCCUGAGCUCUGGAAGCCCACGCUAUUUAUUGGUGAUCAAACAAAGAAACCGGUGGUGAGGAUGUGGGGGUUGAAAGGAAGUAGUGUAUCAAGCGAAUGAACUACAGCUGUGAUGGUUUAGCAUGUUCUUUGAAACAUGGCUACUGGAGAUAACGGGAGUGCUAGAAGCAAGGAGUCAGCAAGUCUGGACACAUUACAAAGGCCAUGAGGGAUUUUAUCCUGGACCCUGGACAUGUUCCAAGCCCUGCCUCAGCUUUUCUCCUAACACUAAGCUUUCCUCCCAACACACAUCCAUCUCAUGUAUUCAUGUCUUAACUUUUGCUUCACUUCACAGUCAGGCCUUUCAGAGUAUUUUUUACACAUAUCCUGGAGUCUACCUAUGUCACUGAUAGCAGAUAUUUUUCUUCAACAUAUAUUACCAAUUUUUUAAUACUUUUUUUCAAUUUUUGUAAUUAUGGUAAAAUACAUGUAAGACGUACCAUCUUAACCAUUUUUAAAUGUACAGAUCAGUUGUAUUAUGUAGAUUCAUAUUCUUGUGCAACCAUCACCACCAUCCAGCUGCAAAACUCUUUCAUCUUGCAAAACUGAAACUCUACACCCAUUAAACAAUAACUCGCCAUUUCUCCCUCUCCCCAGCCCCUAGCAACCACCAUUCUUUCUGUCUCUGUGAUUUAGAUUACUCUGUAAGUAUGUUGUAUAAAUGGACUCAUACAAUAUUUGUCUUUUUUGUGACUGGCUUAUUUCAUUUAGCAUAAUGUCCUCCAGGUUCAUUCAUGCUGUAGCAUGUAUCAGAAUUUCCUUCCUUUUUAAGGUGGAAUAAUAUUCUGUUGUAUGUUUAUACCACGUUUUACAUAUCCAUUUAUUUCAUUGUCCAUCAGUGGGCAUUCAUCCAUCAGGAUAUGUUCACAUUUUAGCAAUUGUGAAUAAUGCUGCUGUGAACAUGACUCUACAAAUAUCUCUUCAAGACCCUGCCUUCAGGUCUUUUGAGUAUAUGCCCAGAAGUAGAAUUGCUGGAUCGUAUGGUAAUUCUGUUUUUAAUUUUUUGGGAAGCCGCCAUUCUGUUUUCCACAGCAGCUGUACCAUUUUACAUUCCCACCAACAGUGCACAGGGUUCCAAUUUCUCCACAUCCUCGCCAACACUUGUUAUUUUGUUGUUGUUGUUGUUGUUGUUGUU